AGAGGAUGGGAUGGAAGAAAUGCGCUCUAAUAUGUAUAUAACCUGACGACGGAAACUGCAUUACUGCAAGAAGGCCAAGGUUAUUCUAGGUUAUAAAGCGUGCAGAACUCGACCUCUAUACUGAAGACCCAGUGCACUUCAUCAUGGCUGUGAUCCUCUCGUUUUCAGAGUACACGAUGCUCCGAGCCAUGUUUGCCCUCCUGCUCCCCGUCCUCGCCCUCCUCUUACGCUUUAUAUACCGGUACCGCAACGCUCGUUGCCAGUUCCCCGGGCCACCAGUCACGAACUUCUGGCUCGGCAAUCUCGAUCAAACGAUGGCCGACGACGUGUAUGACAAGUGGCUGCUUUGGAAUCGUCAAUAUGGCCAUGUGUUUCAAACAUGGAAUGGCCCGUUUUCCCGCGUGAUAUAUAUUGGCAACCCUCAAAUGAUAUCGAAAAUAGCCAGCAUGAACUGGCCCAAGUCCGCCGUACAAUAUGAAGGCUUCAAGCCUCUGAGCGGCGAUGCUUUGUUCCUCCAAACGGACCAUGAACGGUGGCACAGGCAGAGGAAGAGGCUUGCGCCCGCAUUUCAACCACAUAUUAUCAAAGGGCAGUAUGCCGCACUCGCUGACCAUCUCACAGACUAUAUCCGGCACAUCGACACCGCAGCAGAUGCCCAGACCACAGUAGAGCUGUCCUCUCUCCAUGUUCUUCUCUCGCUGGACUUUGUCGGCACCGUCGCCUACGGUGCAAGGUUCCAUGCCAUACGUCAAGGGCCGGACUGUCGCAUCUCGCGGCUCCUCGAGACCAUCCUCCCAGAGUUGAUGAAAUGUGGGCUUUUCCCCUUGCGCAAGACGUUCCCAAUUCUCUCCAAAACCCGACAGAUGUACCGGGCAAUCGCCGAGUUAAGGGCAAUGGCGGCAACAGCCGUACAAAACGCCCGACAGGAUGCCAAUCACAGUGAACAGAGUCGCAAGAUCUUUGAGAUCCUAGCCAAGUACGUUUGCUUAUGUUAUUCUCCUCUUCCGAUCCUGCCAAGGUUCCUCACGAUAAAUAGUUACCUUCGACAUCCCGACAUCCUCGCAAAGCUGCGUGCAGAGGUCGACGCGCAAAUACCUUUUGGUGUUGCCAUUCCGUCGCUUGACCAGGUCGAGCUUCCAUACCUGAACAUGGUCCUGAAAGAGACGAUGAGGUAUCGCUCGACCGGCUUUGGGACAUUCCGCACUUGUCCUGUCGAUUCCGAGAUCGACGGAGUUGUGCUCCCUGCCAACACGACUCUUGCUUUGUGGAAUCCUGCUGUGCACCGAGAUCCCACCCUCUGGGAAGAUGCGGAUAGAUUCGACCCUGAGCGGUGGCGACCGGGUCAAGUCAAGAUUAAAGGCUCUUAUUUCCCGUUCUCGUACGGCCCAAGAAGUUGUAUAGGGCAAGGGCUGUCCAUGCUCAUCAUGACCCUGACGCUCGCUACGCUCUUCCGACGAUACGAUCUUAGUCUUGAACCUGGCUUUGAAAUGGAAUGCCUGCCUAGUUUUACGUUGAGGCCGAAGAGGGGGUUGCCGGUUAGGGUUGUCCGUCGCACUUCUUGA